CAACAAGUACUUACUUCACAGCUUUCUCCGUACAAUUUGGUCGCUUCUCUCCUCGUGCAACAUCGUAUGUCGAAUCUUCUUGUGACCGUGCAGAUAGGAACUUGUUUCCUGUGUAUGUUUUGAACGUGUUUUUGCAACAACGCACGAGGCAGCUACAGCGGAGCACCACGGCAGCGCGCAUGCGUCGAUCUUUGCGCACCUAAGAAAAUAAAUCCGCUUGUUGCGCCGGGCGGCCGCCACCUUCGCUAGUAGCGACACGCAACCGAUAAAUCCCAGCACGUUGGCACGAUGCAGCGCGGGGUGGAUCAUAAUGGGGCCGCGCUACGCGUACCAGAAACCGUGACGGAGGCGGCGGCAUGGGACCAGCCGGAGGUGGCCUGCGACCUUUUUCGGCGCGGGAACUACCCAGUAACGCCGUUGCCGGACGGCUCCACGGCCUUCCACUGGGCGUGCUGGUACAGCGGUCCCCGCUUUCUGGCCCUGAACCAGGAGGUCCGGCGGCAGAAGUGCGUCAGCUAUUUCGAGUUGCUCAGCCUGCUGUUGUAUCAAAUGCAAAAAUGUAUGGGUCUGGAAGAUUUUGAGAUUUGUCAUGCGUGUCUGGCAUGGCCGAAAAGUUUCCGAUGCGUGUCCAAGAAGAGACCCUUUUGUCUGUCAUGCAAAAACGCAGCCUGUCAUGCGAAAAACGCAACACAAAGAAGCGCGAAUAUUUUUCAUGCUUGCCUGUGCAUUACAGGGCAUUCACUACUCCCAACGCAGCAUUACAAGUUUCCAGACCCAGACAUUUUUGCUGUUGAUAUGUUACAAAAUUCCACGGUCGAGCAGGUGCGGCACGGGACCGCGGGGCUGCAGGAAACCUGCGCCCACUGGGCGGCGAAGAGCAAAAACGUGACCGCGCUACGCCUCCUGUACCGGCGAGACCCCGGGGUUUUUAUAUGAAUUGCAAAAGCAUCGUACUGGUAUAUACAAGUUCUCUCAGCAUGAAAAAUUUGUCAUGCUAUUUUACCUUGGAGAGGAAAUUUGUAAUGCGUAAUUGCAAUUAGUACGAGAGAUACUUUUGCACAGGAUAUUUCACCAUGCGCGACAAGGAGGGCAUGUCGGUGUUCUUGGUCGCGGCGCAGGAGGACGCCGUGGAACUUUUGGAGUACUUGUACCUGCAGACCGGUGCUUCGGUGGAGGAGCAGGACAACCUGGGCCGCACCGCCCUGCAGUACGCCUGUGCGCGCGGACACUGCAAAACGGUGACGUAUCUGCUGUCCCGGGCCGCCUCGGUGGCUCACCGCGACCACGAGGGCCUCACGGCGCUGCACUGGGCGGCGAGGAAGGACGCCACCGAGGUCUGGAUGGCGGCAAGGCCCGUGGUGGACUGGCUCCUGGCAGUCGGAUAUCCUAAGUGGAAAAACGUACCCAUCGCUUUCAGAGCUGGCUUUGUGCGCGUUUCGAUUCGAUGCAUGCCGAGAAGUAGUUCGUUAUGGUCUCACGUACGAGCGCCGGUUAUUUCUCGCCCAUGCACGCACGGUGGAUCGGUUUCUGAGGAAGUAGAUUUGUGGUGGUCAACAUGCCCGAACAAAAUCAGGAUAUCAAACCGGGUUUGUGAUGCGACUGCGCCAUCCGCGCACAACUCUGCAUAUAACAACGUGUCGAGCCUUGGCAUUCGGAAUAGAGUUUUUAAAAGUGAAUCUCUAGUUAUUUCAUAGCACAACCACUCCCGCCGCCGUUAGCUACGUAUACGUUGUCCUGGGUGCGUUUUUCCACCGAACAGCACAGGCCACUUUCUCAUCGACGAGCCCGACGGGUGCGGUGACACGCCGAUGCAGAUCGCGUACCGCAGUAGUAAUUGGUCCCUGUGCUGGAACUUUUUCGUCGCAAAAUGCUUUUACCGUGUCUGCGGCCACCCCCACAUCUUCCAGGACGACUUCGCGUGGCGCGUCGCCGCGGUGUUCUUCGUCAAUUUGGUGGUCGUUCUCGGGGUUAUACUGCCCAGUAGGAUCGCCGUGGCGGUCGGCACUACAACCGGGACAGCACACCUACCUCCGGAGAGCACAGGUGGAGCACCACCCUCGUCUUCCUCGCCUGGCGAUAUUGAAAACCCGGUGGGCAACGGAAGUGGAGCUUUCUUCACGAGUUAUAGUCUUUUCGAAGAUUCUUUUGGCAUCACCAACGUAGUGCUCUGGCUGGUUUACUACGCCCUCACGGUGAAACUCUGGCUGCUGUGCUGGCAAACGGACCCGGGGUGUCUCGCGCCCAACACCAUUCUGAGCCAGGCGCAGCGGAUUUUUGACCACGCCGAAACGUUUGACGCGGACCAGGUGAUCGGGUCCCAGAUGACCCACGUGGCCGCCUUUCGCAAGCGCAGGCCCGCGAGCAAGAAGCGGCGGCCAAACGCCACGCGGAACUGUCUCCGCGCCCUGCAGGACAGCAGUUGCGGUCUGGGGCCGUUGCAUGGAGGUAGUGCCAGUGGGUCUACUUCUACUGCGGGGGGUAUUACCAACGCGCGCGAGCAAAAGUUCUUUUACACACCGCUGAUCGACAGUAGCGGGGGCGAUAUAAUCGACGGCGCUGCUCAUCUUGCUGGAGUCGAUAAUCGUCCAACGGUGGAGCUACAACAAGGUGUAAACUCGACGUCGUCACCGACAGUACAACCAAGGAGGCUUAACAGCGAGAUUGCAAAGUAUCGCGAGGACCUGUACGCCCUGUACCCGACCGCCGCGACGAGCAUCUUCGUUGCAGACGAGAACGAGCUAUGCAAUACAAAUUUCCCGUACAUGGACAACAUGCACCACAAAUUUCACAAAUUUGGAGCGUAAAACUUGUCAUGCUAAACUAGAAUCGAAGCCAAGUCUUGUCAUGCAGAGACCGCACCUGUAGGUGUACGGAAAAUUUACUGUGGAUACGAGCGGCCCGACUUGAUCGAUUUGGAUCUGAUGGAAAUGGCGUCUACCACCGCGGCAAACGACACCCCAGGCAACGUUUCAUCGGCGAACAAUAGCAAGAAUAUAUCCUGUGCAAAAGCAAUAUGUGUAGGAAGUAACUUUUCCUAAUUGCAGAAGUCUUGCAUGACAGAUCUGCUACUUCACGACCUAACUCUGCAUGAGAAGUAUGAUUUUGCUUUGGAAUCCAUUUGUAUCAUGCAAGAAUUGUUGCACUAUUACAUAUGCUUUUGCAAUGCAUAGGACUCGGCACCGAUCGAUUCGAGUGAUCACACGGUGGCGAACAAGAAAACGCCUUCGAAGCGGCAGCAGAGCAUUCUGAUCGAGAGCGUGGAGCACCGGGUGACCUGCGACGUGCGCGGGACCGCGCCCAGCGCGGCGGCAUCGAGCAGCAAAAACUGGAGUAUCAAGCGAUUGAAGCAGCAGCAGCUGUACGAUCUGCUUCAUUUCUAUCCACAGUAAAUAAUUUCCUGUACACGUACAAAUGCGGUCUCUGCAUGACAAAGCUUGGUCUCUGCAUACAAAUGCGGUCUCUGCAUUACUAUAAUACCUAACCUUCAUUGAUAUUUACUUUCUUCCUAGGGGUUCUUAGUACGCGACCACUACGCAGGUUAAGUACACUAUUUCCAUCCUGGUUCUCGAAUUUGUUACAGCUCGGCCAAAAUUUGUCAUGCAAUUCCUCGGUUUGGUCAUGAACUACUCCGGUCUCGUGGCACUAUUUAUCUUUGACGUCGUGUUUGUCAUGCUGGACACACCAACCUCGUGGCUCAUCGGGCCAUUUGCAUGUUGGUCUGGAUUUGGAUGUUGGCGCCACGAUCGCAACCCCAUUUCCCAAACCAAUCAGUUCCUUCAUGCUAGAAAUUCGAGAUACCACCUCUAGGAUGGUUCUUUGGGUAGGUGGGACUGUGUCAUAGUUAGCUUCUUCACACCUUUUUAUUUUUUCGGUUCCCUCGGUGCUAAGGCACGACUGUUGCACAGUGCUAUUUCUACUCAGAUAACAACAGAACUCACGUCGCAGCCGUCCCAGGAGUUUCUGUUGCUGUCUCUCGGUAGAAAUCGCGCUGUUCAAUUUUUCUGCUUUAGAGUUUACCGGGUAGGUGGUUUAAAGUUUGUAGUUUCGAUUUACAAAAGGGACGCCCUGCCCUUAGUUUCCCAACAUGACAAAGCUUGGCUUCGCUCCUGGUUUAGCAUGACAAGUUUUACGCUCCAAAUUGGUAGAAUUUGUGAUGCAUCUUGUACAUGUACGGGAAAUUUGUAUUGCAUAACUUCCCGGACGAACGGCGACGGAAAAUCACCGUGGAUGAUGUCCUCGGUGCGUUGGAGGAUUUGUACGAGCUCGAGCGGGACCUGCACCAGUUCAACUUCCAGCGACAGCUUCUCUUGCCGAAGGACGUGUCCCACGUUUAUUUGCCCGCGCACGUGCGCCAGGAGCAGAGAACCCUGACGCAAGAAACGAACUACAGCGACAGUGAAAUUGCACAUACGGUCUUUGCGAAGGACCUGGAAACGCUGAACGACCGGAUUUUCGCGAUUUCGGCGGACGUGGGGAAGUUGCGUCGGCUGCUGUACCGAAGCGAAAAGCAGCUUUGUGUUCGGCUUCGGUAUUGUUAACAGGAACUUCUCAAUAAACAGAGACGGAAGUAGAGUUUGUCAUGUCUCAGCGCCAGCGCUCUUCGUGCACGUGCUGCAACGACGUAGGUACCUCGCUGCGGGAGCGCUUUGCGACCAGGAUUUUUGCUGAAGUUGUGCGUGUCUCCACUUCUAAAGUCAUCAUGCGCGACACCCUUACGGGUGCCCUGCGGCCACGCCCAGCCUUUCCGUUGCGGUAAGUCGUGCGCUACGCUCGAGAUGCCGUGCGCGACUUUGCUGCGUUAAGUAGUGCGCACGACUUAAGCAGUCGUUAGCGCAGAAGCAACCGCUAAACGUUCGCUAUAAGUAGUGCACCGACAUUUGUUAGGUAGCGCGCUUUUGUUAGGUAGUGCGCUUUUGUUAGGUAGUGCGCUUUUGUUAGGUAGUGCGCUUUUGUUAGGUAGUGCGCUUUUGUUAGAUAGUGCGCUGCUGCGCACUUUGUUAGGUAGUGCGACGUUUGUUAGGUAGUGCGCUGCUUAAGUCGUGCACUGCUGCGCUAAGUCGUGCGCUUGUGUGUCCACCUUUUUGAAGAAGCGCCAUCAUCUAGCAGUGGCAAAAAUGUUUUCCCCUCCACUGCAACCCCUGUUGCCGGACACAGCAGUCUUUUUCGUGUUGACAGCGUGCUCGAAUUGACGACGCCGGCGGGAGAUCAUGAAACCCGGAGUGGAAAAGAAAUAAGCAGUCUCAGCAGUGCGCCGGAAGAUGUUGUUCCCGCCACUACAACAGCCCGCGUAUCUUCGCCCGCCGCAGCGUUAAACGGCACACUGUACCUGCAGAAAGUGUUGUCGGGGAACUUUCAGAACCUGAACGUCACCUGUCGCUGCCUCCUGACGCAGAGAUCGAAGUUCUGGAAAGAGAAGUGCCGCGUCGUCGAACGGUUUGACCACCAUUGUCCCUGGGUCGACAACGCGAUCGGGCUCGGCAACCAGCGCAGUUUUUUUCUCUUCCUCCUGUCUGCGUUCACGCUGACAUUGUGGUGGUUUUCCUUGUUCUUCGAUUACCUGCUGACUGAAAUCGAAAACACCAGCGGCGACGUGGCGUUCUUCUUCGAAACCGGCGUUGUGGGAAAGAUCUGCUUACUCGCAAGCGCAGUGUGCAUAUGCAUUGCACAUAUAAUCCCUGGAUGUCUGGAAGAGUGCAAGAGCUUGUGACGGUGCCUCUGGAUUCUAAGACAAUCUGUAUUGCAUGAUCAGCAAGAGGAGUUCACUCGUUGCAGCGCGGAGAGGGCAUUUCUGAUGCGGGACAGGCAUGAUCAAAAAAUCUGUGAUGCUAGAGCAUACAUCACAGACAUGAUGGGUUAUGCCAAAUGUGCAUGACAGAUAUUGCGUUCUUCAAGACCCAGACAUGUUUGCAGUGCAUAGUGCAACCUGGGACUGCUGGGCUUCGUCGCAUUGCUGCUCGGGAGACACGUGGCGCUCAUGCUGGUAAAAAAUAUUACUGUGAUAUAAACUUAAACUUUUUUCAUCGUCUUGCUGCUGUGUCCUUUUGCUUGCGAUUCCACCCUGAUCGUGACUGCGGAUUUCUAGAUCAAUAUCGUAGAAUUUUUUGAAAAGUACGCAAUCUCCAAAAUGAAAGGCGGAUCUGACGGCUAUGGAGUUGUUCUCAACCGUUACCUUCUCAGGAGCUGUCACAUGAUCUGUCAUGCAGAAUCACUACCACCCUGACUCUCCACGCGAUCGAGCUGCUUCGCGUCACAAGAAGUUCUCGACGCGCCAAAAAAACAGCGUAGAUUCGACGACAAGAAACCUGUAAUGCAAGACGCGCAAACUCCCUCCUUUCGCAUUUGCUAUUCGUGCAUCACGCUUUCGUGCAACAGCUGACAGCGUCAAAACGGUUGACAACUCCAUACCGGCCUUCGAGUACCUGAAUCCGGAGCGGAACCCCCACGUGGUGCAGCGGUACAGUGGGUACGCAUUGCAAAAGUCUCGUGCUAGUGGUGAUUGUGAAUGAAUGUAGAAAAGGCAAGUUGUAAUGCUGAGCAAGGUCCAAAAGGACAUUUGUCAUGAUGCAAGAUUGAUGUAAUUACUACGAGGAGUACUCCUCCUGCUACUGUACGACUUUUGCCGUUGUACAGCGGAAACGUGAAGGGGAUGUGUUUUCUGUUUCAGGACUUGACCCCCUGUUUAUGACAGUGCACAACUUCCCCUCCCCCUCAUUUGUCAUGCAAAAUACCCAAUCCACCCUUUGCCUCUUGGCACUGUGUGCGUGACAAGUUCUGGCAGCUCAAAUAGCACUAUACUCCAGUGCAAAUCUGUCAUGCAAAGCCGGCACUCUUGCUGAUGCUUGUAUUGCCGUUCAUGUUAGACAAGUGAAGGGGAGGGGGAGUUGUGCACUGUCAUACUGUUCCGCCGUCUCCAGCGUUUACAACUACUGGACCUGCUCCCUUGACGGCGACGACCGCGUUUUUCGGCAGACGCAGAGCUCGGUCUCAGCCACCAUGCGCCCGGAGCAGAGCCUGCGGGUGUGAGAAUUACUAGAUAGAAAUGAUAACGCGACGGUCUCCUAGUAAAGUUGCAUGCUGCUACGGGUGGUGAACUAACAGCAAAUGAGAGUUCGCUGUGAACACGUGGCCGCACGACUGCUUUUUAAGUAGAUUGAUUGUCGGCUUAGUCCGCAGGAGAAAGAUUCUUGUCGUCCCACAACUACAUAGUUAUUCGCAAAAGUUUUUGCACCGUGCCCUCUUCUUGCCACUGCGCGUCCGCGCCGGGGCGAGGCAUAGAUACUGAGACCUAAUGUCCUUCUGCGCAGUCAAGUAAAACCGACAGCAAAGAAGCUCCUCCC